AAUGGACCACUCUUUCCCUCCCCGAGUUGUCUAUCCUUUUCCAUUCGGCCGAAAAAAGCACUGUUUCAUUCAUUCUGUUUCCUUCCAUUCAUCUGGGCACUGCAGCGUAGCCAACACUCGGGGUUCGAUCAGCAAGAAAUUCUUAUCAAUGGAGAGAGUGACGUCAAUGAGAGAGAGUGACGUGUAGUCACGUGGGUGCAGUGGGACUGAAAUAAAAACACGAUGAGCUGACCGUGGUGCUGAAAAUAUCCCCAUAGCACCGUGCAGAAAACAUACGGCAAACACAACCGAUAACACUGUACAAACAAAACACGAAGAUUACAACAAAGCGAUCAGUUUUGAAGUGGAUUCUAACGGCUAAAUCGCGGGGCGAACUUAUUUACCAAGUUUGAGGAGGACACAAUAAGUGCGUCGGACUGCGCUGCCUCUGACAGGAUUCCCGGCUGAAAACCCUAUACGUGGUCAUGAACUGGUAUCGAAAAACUUCAAAUGUCUCAGGCAUUUUGCUCAUCGUUUUAUUCAGUUUUACAGUCAAGCCUGCAACCCUCAGUCCAGUGGCAGCAGACGUAAACACAGUACGUGACAACAUCGCAGCAUCCACUUCUACCCAGAAACAGGCUGAAAAUAUUCAACAAGCUGAGAAACAGAGCUUGCUUGAUGAUGCACCCGAAGAUGAUGAUGAGCUUUUUAAAGAUGUUGAUCCCAGAACCUUAGCAGCAGUGCUCCUUGAAGCCCUCAAUAAUCCCCAGAAGGAAAAGAUGACUGAAAGAGAAGACAAAGGGGCGGAAGAGGAAAAGGAGAGGGAUCUUCAGGGUGCAGACAGAGACAGAGAUGGCCACCAAGAGCUGGAACUGGCCAUGGCAGCUGCUGCAGCACAAGGAAAGGAAGAGAAAGAAAAAGAAGAGGAAGAAGAAGAGAAAAAAAGAGCUGAGGAAGAAGAACGGCUAACUGAGAAAGUGAAAAGCCACACCACCAGUCAGACGAUAUCACCGAAAGAGCCAGUGGCACCACAGGAAGAGGUCACAAAAGAGGAGGUGAUGAAGGAAACGGAGAGGCAGGAGCCUGAGAAAGAAGCACUGGGAGAGGAGGAAGAGCAACUCAGCCCAGAAGAAGUAAAAAAUCUAGAGACAAUGUUGGAGGAAUUUCAGAGUUACAGCACGGCCACUAAAAGAGAGCGUGACGCUUCCACAGGAACCAGGGAAAGCCGUGGGGAGUAUUUUGAUUACUUAGACCGUAAUGGCCUUAUGAACAAUGAGAUCAAGCCUAAAUCCAAAGGCAAUGACCUAGCACUGUCCAAGAUGAAGCUUAAGUGGCAGCUCGAACAAGAAAAGAACAAAAUUCAGCCUUCUCAAAGAGGAGGCAACUUCAUGGACGACUUCAGCAACAAUUUUGCUGGCCCAGAGAAAGAAGAGGAGGAGGAUCAAGAGGACGAAGAACUGCUGAGCCCCGAAGAAGAGGAAACUCGGGCCAAAGCAGAGCAAGAGGAGGUACGCAGGCAGGCAGCAGAGGCCCAAAGAGCCAAGGCAGAGGAGGAAAAACUUGCAGACAUUGCAUCUGACAUGCUGCUGAAAUACAUAGUCAAACAGGACAAGAAAAAGAUUCAGGAUGGUGCAGAAGAUAAGCGCUCGGAUGAGCAAGACACUAGUGAUGACGAUGAUAUCGACCCACAAACCAUUGAUAAGCUAAUUGAGAUCUCCAGUAAGCUGCAUCUUCCUGCCGACGACGUGGUUGACAUAAUUAGUGAUGUGGAGAAGAAAAAGAAAAAAGAUGCUCCAGAAAAUCUCCCAUGGCAACGUCCUCUCGUACCGCCUUCGGCACCCGUGGCAACAUCUACUCUGUUGCGCAAACCACCUCCCUCAAAGCCUCCUCAACCCAACACGAGCCCACUGAAAUCAUGGUUCAAAGACAGGGCCUCAGUCAAGCCAAGCAAGCCAGAAAUUUGGACGAGGCAGCAGUGGCCCUUUCGUGCCUACCCUCCUUACAACUUUUAUCAAAAACCCUAUCGAGGCCGAGGGUAUUACCCCAUCUACGUCCCACCUACAAAACUCAAAUCCCACUACUAUUCCAAGCCUGCUUUCUCCAUCAAUGACGUCCUGGGAAACUCAAUGGACUAUGACUUCGAUUACUCCUCCAGAAGAAAGCCCCGUCCAUGGGCGCAAUCACGUUCCAGGGCCCCACCGGCGUUUCAGAGGAAGCUCUACUUCCCUAAUUACAUCGUCCCUCAACCCCGGACUUUCAAAGCUGUGCCUAUGCCUAAGCCCCGAUCGCCUCCACGUCGUUGGCCGUCCUUUUAUUAUCAAGCCCGAGCUCCUGUAGUUACAAGGGAGGAUGAUUACUACAAUCCGCUGAGACAGCCACAACAUGAUAGCCAAGAGGAGCUGGAAAACUUAAUUGAGAGAGUCCUCAUGAAACAUCCUCGGAUGUUUCAGUGAGAAAAGUUCAAAAAAAGGAGAAGCAAAACGAGAAGGAAGAGAAAGGGAAAACAAACUAAAAGACUGUUCAUAGCUAACCUAUCAAAUUUUUUAUUUGUUUCUUUAACAGCAACUUGGUUUUAAUUCCGUCCAUACAUCAGCUCUUUCACCAAGUGCUGUUUCUUUAGCAUUUGAACAGCGUUUACCUUAAAACAGAGAGCAUUCAGGAUCUCAAUCUAGACACAUCUUCCACCCUCCUCCCCCUGGAGAGACUGAAAGACCAGCAAAGCCACUGGUAUGGUGUGAGGAAAGGGUGCUGUUGUCUACAACAUCUUAAAUACCCAACAUAAACUCUUAAGUUCAGCAUAUUCCAAGAAAGCCUUUAAAAUAGCAUGAAACGAAAAAAAUUUCAUCCCAAACAGAGACUUGCCAAUACUAUGGAAAGAAAAUGAUUACGUACGCCUUAUCUCAAAACAACUUUGUUUGUUUGUUAUUUUAGACAUUUCAAACACAGUGGUCCGUGUCGUUGAUCGUAUUAUAAAAGCAUAGCAAAAAAUCUUUAAUUGCACCUUUAAAGAGUAUAUAAUAUACACUUCAAACAUACGAAAACAUCAGAAAUGAUACACCAUCACAGUGCCAUACUGGUGGAAAUGUAUGUUUCGUUUAUUUUAUACACCAAAUGUAUUGUAUUACUUGUACCUCGAAAUAUUCUGCUUGAGCGUUUACCAUUUGUGCGUUCCCUUGUGAAACGAGAACUCACACAAAGUCUUGUAUAUAGAAUUAGUUUCUUAUCGCUGUCUGCAUUUAAAUUUUUCCUCAAUGUGUUUAUACCACUGUUUUUUAUGCAGAAAAAGAUAGAAAGAUGGUGCAAAGUACAUUCAUACAUUCCAACAUUUUUUAAGAAAUGAAGUUAUUUCAUAGAAGCGGUUUUGAAUACAACUUUUAAUUGCCUUAAGACACUCUCUUCCCCGUUUUCAGAUAAGCAGCAUUUUUCCUAGACUGGCUGGAAGGUCUAUUUUCUCAUGCUCAUAAGACUUCAAACAGUGGAGCUAAGUUUAAAAAAUGAAUAAACUGUACACAAAACAGUUUUAUAAAUAUUUGUCGGCUUGCUCGUCCCGUAAAGAGUUACGUUUAGGCAAAUUCAAUGAGCACUCAAUCAAAACAGCAAAGACAAUCUGCUAAUCAAAACUGAUCGCAUUUCAUAUUGAAAGGUAUUGAACCAACUUCAAUCUUUGAAUUGUAUGUUUCUUCCAAUGCAGUCCAAUCUGGCUUUGAUCAGAGACUUUUUCCAAAUAUCUAAAGUGUUAAAUGAAAGUAUAACGACCAAUAUGAGCUGACGGCAUCUCCUAUUAUUUAAAAAAGACCCUAAAUAGCAGGGGGAGGCAUACACAGUUUCUUAUUUUUUAAAAGUGAUUUUAAAGAUUAACAGAAGGGGGCAAAAAAGGACCAUGAUAGCUGAAACAGUGGAGGAGUAAGUGUCUGCACGUUACUGUAAACUUGCAUUUAAAAUGUGUUGCUUCUUUGAAGACAUAGUAAGCAUUUAAAAAAAGAAAAUAAAAAACAAAUGAAUGACUAGUGUACCUACGUAAAGAAAUGCCAUUAAGUCUUGUACGAGGAAAAAUGUUUCUAGAUGUAUCUUGUACGUAUCAUAAUAAACAUGCGUUUGCUGGAUGUAAAUAAUCGCAUGUUGAUGACUAGUUUUGCUACACAGAGAGAAAUCAAUAAAAUUGACUAUUUUUUAUUAA